AUGGGACGUCAUCCUGUUGGCAGCAUGUCUCCAAGGAUUCGGGGGAGUGCUGGAGGAAGCUGUGACCCUCUGAACUUCUAUGGUACCAACUACAACAGCUCAUAUGGUCGCCCACAGUUUGUUCCAGGUGGUGUCCAGCAUCCUGGGAUUCUUACCCACCGGAGCACAGGGUACCAAUCAAACUUCAGACCGGCUGUAUACUAUUCACCCAACUUGGACCGGAAAGAUAACCCAGCCAUGGGGUUAAUGCUAAGGAAAAAUUACACAUCAAUCACCAACAGAGAUUUUGUCCCUCACCAACAUGUUACAGGAACAGAGCCUCUGCCCCACAACCUAUACUCUCCCCAGAGUGGAUUCAUCAGGAGCAGUGAAGUCACCAUUCCCAAAUCCAGAGCUGUGAAGUCUGUGCACUUUGACACACGGGAUCAUGGUUCUGGAGUUAUUGCUGGCAUCCCGCCACACCAUCGACCUCUGCUGUUUAUGCCUCAUGGAAAGGGAUCCCCUGAGGUUGAAAACCUCAGAAAUGGUCCAUCUUUUAUGUCUACAGAAUAUAAAAACAGAUUCUAUGUACAGUCACCCCAUCAGACAGGCUCCUCUCAAAAUGCUGUUAUUGGAGCUAUGGAAAAUUCAGGAUUUACCGAGGGGUCAAACAAGGAACCCAUUACCCAUGAUCCACACUCACAGUACUGUGAGCCGGUGGGGUAUCACCGACUGAUGGGACUCAGUAUCACCAAGACUGAUUUUCUGCCAAGCUCCAUUUUACAGGGACGAGAGCCACUUCCAGCAUUAGCCAGGAACUCUGAAAGAGACAGCGGUUUCUCCCGGGAAACAGAUAAAGUACUCUUCAUCAGUUCUAUGCCUGGAGACUCUAGAUCUGGCAACUCCAUGAAGCAGAAGAAUGAUCUUCUAGGAAGAACUUACGUUGGAAAGAAGGAAUCAUCUGGAUUCAAUAACAAUAAUCUGAAAUAUGUGCAACCUGAGGUGGAGCUUCCACAACAUUACCUGACCAACUAUAACCAAAGGUUUAGAGAUCUAGCAACGCACGGGAGAGAUCGUGAAGGCUGGACUCGUUUUGGAAUACAGAAUCAACUCCACAGCGGCUUCUCCGUAAAUAAUGAAAUACACAUAACUAGUAUUUAAGCCA